CUAAAGCCGAACAAGCUUCUUGCUUGGCCCGACCCUUAAUGCAUUAGCGAAUGCCAAAGCGUCCAUCAUCAAUAACUCAAAUCGAAUUAAACAAUUCAUCACCAUCUCUUGGUCAAUUCCUUAUCUUCAGCUGUCGAAAGAUCAGGUAAAAAUGGCGUCUAGAAGCAGCUAGUCUCCUUGUCACGCCUGUUUUGGGGUUGCACGCAAGCGGAGUCAAUGAUGUCAGAUCAAUGACGUGUGCCGAUCAGGGUCUCUCCCUUGAUCAAAAGAAUGACGGUUUUAUUCUGUUACUAUUGUGUUACUGUUACCCCUCCAUCUUCCCGAUCUUCAGGGUUCAACCUUACAAGAUAUCAUUAUUCCCGAUGGCGACCCAAACUGUCAACCCCCCGACCGUUGAUGGUUACCGUGACUCGGACGAUGAGUUCAGCUCAGAUGAUCAAGAGUUUCAUGUUGAUGAGCGAUCUGGACGAUCUUGGCCGACAAAGAUUCUUCACAAUGUCAUUCAGCCUAUUAAACCAAAACUGGUCGAGAUUGGAAAGGUUUCAUCUGCUGAUCCUACGCGAUGCAAGCCCUCGAGAGGAGCAAGGAAGAGAUGUGAUGUUCAAGAGAACAAGGUUGAGGGGAUUUGGACGUAUGAUAUGACUCCGAAGACUUCUGAUGGAGAGAAGAGGUCCUAUGCCAGAAGGAUAUUGUACUUUGCUGGAGGUGGAUGGCAAGCACCUCCAAGUGGCCAACAUUGGACUUUCUGCGGAGAGAUGAUAAACCGCCUGCAGGAUACUAGACUCACCCUCGUCUCGUACCCCCUAGCGCCCAAGGACCCCGUUCAAGACGCAUUCCCAGCUAUCUGCAAGACUUACAAUGUCUUGUUGAAGGAGUCAUCUGACCUUGGCGAGAGGGUGAUCGUUGCAGGAGACAGUUCAGGAGGCAACAUUGCCCUAUGCCUGGUGACUUGGACCAUGAGGCAUCAAGAUGUCCAAUCCGUUCGACCUCCGUCUGCCAUCCUCGCCAUCACUGCGACCACCGAUUUACGUCACAAUCACCCCGACAUCAAAAAGGUAGACAAAGUUGAUCCUAUUCUGAGCGAGUCGUCCAUCAAUGAAACAGCUGGUGCAUGGGCUCCUGGACACUCAGAUGUGAAUCAACAAAACGGGACGAACACGGAAUCAACAGAUAGGAAUGAAAAGCUCGACUGGUCCGCCGAUGAUCCCCGAGUAUCACCCAUCCAUGCCGACUUGGGCGUCUGUAUCAGGAACAACGUCAAGAUCCAUGGUAUUACAGCUUCACAUGAUGUUCUUGGGCCAGAGGCUGUUGAGUUCAGAGAGAGAUGUAGAAAGGAAGGUGUUGAUGGAGAGUGGUUGUCUUGGGGUGAUCAGAUGCAUUGCUUCCCGUUGGCAUACAAGUAUGGGUUGAAGGAGAGUAAGGAGGGGCUUAAAUGGAUUAUUGAUGUUUUGAAGAAAUGCUGAGAUACCCUGUAUACGAAUGAGAUAGAUUAUAAUGGAGUUGGUGUUGACUUGGAAUCGUGGCUCGUUGACUUAGUGCCAGUGAUUACCAAUACUCAUCCUGAAGGUUAGAUGGACG